AUGGCAUCAAAAGACGCUUCAAACUCAGAGAGGCGAGAUUCCUCCUCGCAGCGCAAGAAUGCGCGCCCAUCUCUGGCCGACAAUCCUUACCACCCCAAUUCAGCCGCAUAUUUAGCAUAUCCGGUCAAACACGUUGUGUCCAGCCUCUAUCGUCGUAUGACCGAACCUCCCGAAAACCCCGUCAACCGGCUUCUCGACGCCCCUACCCUUUCGACCUCAUCAUCAGGCGUUUACACUCCUCCAAGAAGAACUGCUUCUCCCUUCCAACCUCCACCCCUCACUCCUCUUGAACUGAGGCAUUCAUUGUCCCAGAAAGCCGCGACCUCAUUGCUCUUGACGCGGCCACUGGCCGAAGAGAUUCGACUUUUACUCCCUCCAAGGCUUCAACUCAUUGAUCAUUGGACGUUGGCAUAUUCACUAGAGGCUCAUGGCUCCUCAUUGGCGACCUUGUAUGAACACUGUGCUCACGUGUCAACCUACACUCAGCGCUCAGGUUAUGUCCUGGUAGUAAGAGAUGGAUCGGCGUCUUCCACAAAUGGAUCUGUUUUCGGUGCGUAUCUCUCGGACGCGCCUAAGCCGUCUCUUCAUUACUUUGGCACCGGCGAAUGUUUCCUCUGGCGUGCAAGCAUAUUGCCCACCUUAAGGGACCUGUCUACAAACCUGCACCCCGGUACAGAGGCCGCUUCCAAAGAUCUGCUGGAUUUGGCUGGAUUGCCACCUCCCCCCAGUGCUGAUACCACCAAGCUUCAGCGAUUUACCACAAUUCGAGGCGAGCGGCGAACACCCUCGGCAUCAACAACCUCAUUACCACAACCUUCUGACACUAAGGAACUGUCCGCACCUUUAGCGCCACCUCUUGAUCGCUCAGGCGCUUCAACACCUGAUCGGAUAAGGUUCAAAGCAUUUCCGUACAGUGGAAUAAAUGAUUUCCUGAUUUACUGCCAGUCUGGUUAUCUCUCUAUUGGUGGCGGGGAUGGGCACUAUGGCCUCUGGUUGGACGAUGAAUUGAACAGCGGCAUUAGCGAAUCAUGCCCUACGUUUGGUAACGAACCACUAAGCGAAGAAGGCCGCCGAUUUGAAGUCCUCGGCGUAGAGGUGUGGUAUGUUGGUGCAUGA